AUGUUAUUUCUUCAUCGAGUAUUUGGUUAUCGAGGUGUGAUUUUAUUUUCUUGGCUUGCAAGAGUAUUUGAUCGAUCAGAUGAACGUUCAAAUGUAUCAUCACCUUUUACAAUAUCAUCAUCACAACCAAAUAUAUAUGAAAUUCGUGCACAAUCAGUAACUUAUUAUCAAGUUUUAAUUGAUACACGUGAUAUACCAUAUAUUCGAGCUCAAACAGAAGCUGUAACAUUUUUCGGUAAUCAAGAACAAGAUCGAAAUCUUUAUGCUAUACCUGGUCUUGAUUAUGUUGCACAUGAAGAUGUUAUGCCAUAUACAAGUACGGAACGAGUACCACUGGAACACGAACUGUUUGAUAAAUUUUUCCUACAUGAUCCUGAUGCAAAUCUUCAAGUUCCGAAUUUUGUACCAAGUGAACAUUUAAAAUCUUGGCAAAAACGACAUCAUCUUUGGCUUGAAUUAUCUGAUGUAUCAAAAGAUAUUACACAUCAUAUUCGAGUUACUGUUAUACCAUUUUAUAUAGGUUCUCGUUUAGCACAAGAUAUGAAUUUACAUUGGUGGCGUUAUUUAAUUCGUAUUGAAAAUUUAAAUCCUGAUGAACCUGUAACAUUACGUGAACGUCAUUGGCGUAUAUUUAGUUUAUCUGGUUCAUUAGAAACUGUUCGUGGUAAAGGUGUUGUUGGACAAGAACCAAGAUUAUCAAAAGAACAUCCUGCUUUUCAAUAUUCAUCACAUGUAUCAUUACCAGCAACAAGUGGUCAUAUGUGGGGAACUUUCAAAAUGGAAAAAGAUGAUGGAACAUUUAUUGAAGUUCGAAUACCAGCUUUUAAUUUAGAAUGUAAAUUACAUUCAACCCCCGGUGGAAAUUCUUCAUUGUAA